CUUUCACCAGCGCCCGCCGAUCUGCUCGACAAGUCUGUGUGCCGACCAGGGAAGCUAACCACCUGUUUGACCGCAAAAAGGCCCCGCCCACAAUGUCGGUGGCCAGCAAAAAUCCUUUUGCCCUCCUGGAAGCAGACCAGGAUAAUUCACGGCCCUCCAGUCCCGUGAACACUCCUGCACCCCCUAAGGCCGCUCCCGCUCCUGCGGCCGCCGCUCGUGGUGCCCAGAGAGGCCGUGGAGGUCCUGCUUCGCGCGGUGGACGCUAUUAUCCGCGAGGUGGCAAGGCUGCUCCUCGCGAGGGCCAAGAGCAGACUCAGGAGGCUCCUGUUGAAGGGGAAACACCCAGGCGGAAGUUCGAGGGAGAAGGUCGUGGUCGCGGACGUGGGCGGGGUCGUGGGGAUCGCGGCGCCCGAGGCGGCCGUGGACGUCAGUUCGACAAGCACAGCCAGACUGGCAAAAUCGACACGGAGAAGCAAGUGCACCAGGGCUGGGGCGCUGACGAAGGCGAGGCCGAACUCAAGGUCGAGACUGCCGCGGAGACCGAUGCCGCCGCAGAAGCUUUCAGCCCUCCUGCCGAUGCUGAUGCCUGGGCCGCUCCCACCAAUGAUAAUUGGGGCGAGGCUCCCGCCGUCACUGAAGAGGUCGCUGCACCUGAACCAGAGAAAGCAGGCGAGGGUAGGAGAGGCCGCGACAGGGAGGUUGAAGAGGAGGACAACACCCUGACGCUGGACGAGUAUCUCAGGCAGCAGAGGGAGAAGGAGCUGGAUCUUGUCCCUAAGCUCGAGACUCGUAAGGCGAAUGAAGGCGACGAUUCGAUCUGGAAGGAUGCGGUCGUCGUCAACAAGAAGGACGAAGAGGAGAGCGCCUACUUCGUAGGCAAGUCCAAGGCUACUGGCCACAAGGCUCGUCCCAAGAAGGAGGAGAAGGUGUACCUCGAGAUUGAUGCUCGUUUUGAGCGUCCUGCCCGCGGCGGUCGUGGCCGCGGCGGCGAUAGAGGUGACAGAGGCGACAGGGGUGGCCGUGGCCGUGGCCGUGGCGGACGAGGACGGGCGAACGGCAACGGGGCAGCUGCCGUCGUCGACGUCGAUGACCAAGCAGCUUUCCCUUCCCUGGCUUGAAUGAUCUCGUUAUCGACGGUCGAUUCUCGUUUCGCGGUGAUGAAAUGGACCGUGAUGUUCAACAGCCCAGCGCCAGCAUCAAAAUCGCAAUGCAACGCAGAUCAUUGCGCGUCUCCAUCCCUAUCUUCUCGUCAGUUUGCGUACAUCUCAGCACUUCGUUGCAUCACUGUGUCGUGUAUGUCCCUCUGUUUUGUCUCGUUUGCCUCCUGUAUCUGUCCUUUGCUGCUGGUUGUGAUUACUGACGUCGACAUCCCCCAACGUAUACGAAAUCCAUGACAUGAUCUUUAACUUACGUUUGUGGGUUAUUGUACGUGACUGGCCGCCUUCAACAUGUGCCCGAGCAAUGUUAAUGAGAGGUCUUAUCAAACUCUCCAGAAUUUGGUCUGAGUUCUGUG